AUGCCAGUCGCAAACCUCUUAGCCGGCAAGACGGCCAUCAUCACGGGCGGAACAACGGGCAUCGGCCGAGCCAUUGCGCUCGAGUACGUGAGACAGGGGGCCAACGUGGUGGUCAACCACCUGGACCUGCCGCGCGACCGACCACACCUGGAAUCGCUCCUGUCGGAAGCGGCGGCCAUCAAGAGCCAGAACCCGGACGCGGCGGGCACCCUCGACCACCUCCCGGGCGACGUGACGGACCCGGAGACGGGCAAGGCGCUGGCGGAGCGCGCGGCGGCCCUCUUUGGCGGCCGCCUCGACAUUUGCGUCUCCAACGCCGGCGUGUGCCAGUUUGCCGAGUUCCUGACCCUGGAGCCGGACCUCUUCUCCCGGACGGUGCGGACCAACCUGGACGGAGCCUUUUACGUGGUGCAGGCCGCCGCGCGACAAAUGGCCUCGCAGUCCCCGCCCGGCGGUUCCAUCAUCGGCGUAUCGUCCAUCUCGGCGCUCGUGGGCGGCGGUCUGCAGACGCACUACACGCCCACCAAGGCCGGCGUGCUCAGCCUGAUGCAGAGCACCGCCGUGGCGCUGGGCCAGUACAAGAUCCGCUGCAAUGCCCUGCUGCCCGGCACCAUUCGCACCCAGCUCAAUGAUGAGGAUUUGGCCGACGACGCCAAGCGGACGUACAUGGAGGGCCGAAUUCCCCUCGGCCGCACCGGCGACACCAAGGAUCUCGCGGGUCCUGCCGUCUUCCUUGCCUGCGAGGAGCUUAGUGGUUAUGUGACGGGUGCACAACUUUUGGUGGACGGUGGUUUGUUUGUGAAUCUGCAGUAG